CACAAGUGGCGUGUCUCCUCAGUCCUUACUCUCCCUCCCCCUCUGCCGUCUUCACCACCGUCGUCGCCGCCGUCAUGAGAGUCCUGGUGUUGGUGUUGCUGGUGGAGGUAGUGGCUCUGGCCUCAGCUGGCCAAUGGUUCCUGAGCCAGCCACAACGGCGGGACCUGACCCUCAUGCUGCCCCCCGCCCAGCUCACCGGUACCAGCUCUUUCUACUUCGAGGACAGCAAAGAGAACUCCCCAGAAGAUCUAUCUGCUAUCAGCGAUGGCGUUGAUGUUGCUGAUACUAACAGCGUUGAAGAUGUCGACAACAGUCUGUCUGAUACUAACAGCGUUGAAGAUGUCGACAACAGUCUGUCUGAUACUAACAGCAUUGAAAAUGUCGACAACAGCCUGUCUGUUGCUGAUACUAACAGCGUUGAAGAUGUCGACAACAGUCUGUCUGUUUCUGAUACUAACAGCGUUGAAGAUGUCGACAACAGUCUGUCUGUUUCUGAUACUAACAGCGUUGAAGAUUUCGACAACAGUCUGUCUGUUUCUGAUGCUAACAGCGUUGAAGAUUUCGACAACAGUCUGUCUGUUUCUGAUACUAACAGCGUUGAAGAUGUCGACAACAGUCUGUCUGUUUCUGAUGCUAACAGCGUUGAAGAUUUCGACAACAGUCUGUCUGUUGCUGAUACUAACAGCGUUGAAGAUGUCGACAACAGCCUGUCUGUUUCUGAUACUAACAGCGUUGAAGAUUUCGACAACAGUCUGUCUGUUGCUGAUACUAACAGCGUUGAAGAUGUCCAGUGUUGA